GUUAACUUUAUGUUGUUGGUAUAAUUGAUCCUCUUCGCGAAAUAUGCACGCAUUGAGAUGCCUGAAUUUAGAAUCUUCUAUGAAUAUCUAUGUUGAAGAUUAUAAAAAAACGCGAGUGGCCCUCAAGUUCCGUCGGAUAUCUAUUCUAAACUGUAUUUAUAAUUGUUAUUCUUUGUGUGAUAGUGACUGUAGUGGGUGACAAACAAAGGAAAACGUAGUGCGUCUAAAGUUAAAACAUGGUGCCGCUAGGACCGGGGCCAGGCCAUCCUGUUGCGCAUCAAACACACGGUGGCCCUUCUACUAAUCUAACAGGCCCAAAUUCGCUUUCACAAAGCGCUCCACAAUCUAACAAAUCUUCAGUGGCGAAGCCGAAUUACACUCUGAAAUUUACGCUUGCUGGUCACACGAAAGCGGUAUCGUCAGUAAAAUUCAGCCCUAACGGAGAAUGGCUUGCUAGUUCUUCUGCUGACAAACUUAUAAAGGUGUGGGGUGCUUACGAUGGCAAAUUUGAGAAGACUAUAUCAGGCCACAAAAUGGGAAUCAGUGAUGUGGCCUGGUCCUCAGAUAGUCGGCUCAUUGUCAGUGCUAGUGAUGACAAAACAUUAAAGGUGUGGGAAUUGAGUUCAGGCAAAUGUUUAAAAACGUUAAAAGGACAUAGUAAUUAUGUGUUCUGCUGUAAUUUUAACCCUCAAAGCAAUCUUAUUGUAUCUGGCAGUUUUGAUGAAAGUGUAAGAAUAUGGGAUGUAAGAACAGGAAAGUGUUUGAAAACAUUACCGGCACAUUCAGAUCCAGUAUCGGCAGUUCAUUUUAAUAGAGAUGGGAGUCUCAUUGUAUCAUCAAGUUAUGAUGGCUUAUGUCGAAUCUGGGACACGGCAUCAGGGCAAUGUUUGAAGACGUUAAUAGAUGAUGACAACCCUCCAGUAUCAUUCGUGAAGUUCUCACCAAACGGAAAAUAUAUAUUAGCUGCUACUCUAGACAACACAUUAAAAUUAUGGGACUACAGCCGCGGCAAGUGUCUAAAGACAUACACUGGACAUAAAAAUGAGAAAUAUUGUAUUUUUGCUAACUUCAGUGUCACCGGUGGAAAGUGGAUAGUAUCAGGUUCAGAAGACAACUUAGUCUAUAUAUGGAAUCUUCAAUCAAAAGAAAUAGUUCAACGGCUCUCAGGACAUACGGAUACGGUUCUCUGUACUGCUUGUCACCCCACCGAGAACAUAAUUGCGUCGGCCGCACUUGAAAACGACAAGACUAUUAAACUUUGGAAAAGUGAUACUUAAAAUUUAGCUUUGGCUUUCUAGCAGAAGCAGAAGCAGUGAUCUGUAUAAGUGGCUUCAUAUUGCAAGCCAUACGACACCAGCCUGUGUAAAUUGUGUAGGUACCAAAAUUGUGGUACCGGAUAUUGGACGCUGAACAUAUUUUCAUUUCCAUUCAUUAUUUGAUCACAGUGAAAUGUGUGCAUUUUCGGUUGUAAUAAUUAUACAUAUUUUUUGUAUCUGACAUGUCAAAUGAAAGGAUGAAAUGUUUUAGCCAUUUUGUUUAGUUAAGAUUGAGUUUAAGAAUGUCAUUUAGAAUUAACUUGUUGGAUACGAUUAAAAAUCUAGUAGUUA